AUGGGCAAAGAGGAAGGAAGGGGCGGCGGGAGGUGUAGGGAACCCAGGCGGACGCGAACAACGCGGCGCAAUUCUGUCGAGUCGAGGAGGAAGUCGUCCAGGCCGAUCGCUGGCCGGACUUUGGACGGCGGCUUCAUCCUGCACCUUUUGCCGAAAAAAAAGGGGGACCGAAAAAAGGAAACCGGUUUAUAGGUUUUUGUCAUCAAGAAAGGUGCGUCGCUCCAAAGCCUGAAUUAGGAGAAGAUUCCUGGCCGGUCCCGGGUCCUGUUUAGUAAAAAGGGUGUGUCAAGUCGUGCGGCGCGCGAUCAAUUCGACGAGGAAAGGACCAUAGUAGCACCACUGGGCUUGGAAGUCGUCACUGGUCGUCACUUUGUGUCGCCCACUGCAGCGUCUUGAGCGCACGCCGUUCGACAAGCGGCAUCCUCCACACAAACCGCUUGUUCCUAAUUUCGGCUUCGUACUGAGCCACUUGCCCGUUCUCAAAAGUGGCAGACUCUCAGCCGCGUGUUCGCUCGGCGCCGACGACCGAGCGAGCGGCAGCCGCAUCAGCACCACCCGUUCCGGUUGUCUCCCCACCACCACCACCACCGUCACGACGAUCCUCGCCGCGAGCGACAGGUCGUCUCUUCCUCCUCUCCCUCGGCGUUCGCUUCCUCAAUGCAUUCGCUACGCGCGGCUUCUUCCAGCCGGAUGAGUAUUGGCAGUCGCUCGAGGUAGCACACCGCAUCGUCUUUGGCUACGGCUACAAAAGCUGGGAAUGGCGAACGGCGACGACGAUCAACGACGGCGCGACAGCCCACCAACUAUGGGCGACACUGACCAGAGGCGGCCAGGGCGGGAUCAGAAGUCCUCUCUAUCCUAUGCUCUUUGUUCCGCUGUACUGGAUACUGGCCCAGCUGGGGCUUGAUGACGGACCCAUGCUCGUUAGUCUCUCGGCUCGCUUGCUCGGGAGAGGCCUUCUCUCCAUAACACCCGCUGACCACACGCUCGCUUGUGCCCCAUGGAACCUGCAGGUACUCGCACCUCGACUCGUGCAAGCCGUUUUCGCCGCCGCAACAGAUAUCGCAGUGAUGCGUAUUGCCGAUCGAGUCCUGGGCGAGCAGUACGGACUAGCGGCUGUCAGUCUUUGCUCCGUAGUGCCUUCAAGGUUUUCGCGAGCUCCGGUGCUGACCCAACCACACAUUCCUCGAACGGUGCAGCUAUUCUGCUCCCUGGGUUCCUUCUUCAACUUUCACACCUCUACGAGGACGUUUUCGAAUUCAAUGGAGGCCGCUCUUACAACAUUGGCGAUUGCCUUGUGGCCCUGGCCCGGUCGAGCCAAGUCCGAUGAGCAAGCACUGUCAGCACCCCAGUAGGUCCACAUGCGGUGGGAUCGUGCGCUCGGCAGGGCGAUUGUUGAGCUUGAGAAUGUCUACUUCGCAGAUACUUUUCUUCUCUAGCCUUCUCGCUUGGCUUGGCUGCAAUUGCCUGCGUCAUGCGUCCCUCGAAUGCCAUCAUAUGGCUCACUCUCGGUGGACAUCUGCUCGCGACGCAUGCGCCCAACCCCGAAGGCGUCUACAUCUUGUCACUUGCCACCUUCAUUGGGUAAGCUGAAGUGCUUCCUUUCGACAAAGGAUCAUCGCACAGUUCCUGAUACCACUCCGUACCCAUUCGGAACAGCGUUUUUGCCUCCCUCCUUUGCUUCCUCGUCGACACGGCUUUCUAUUCGACUCCGACCUUUACGCCCUUAAGGUUCCUCCAUGAGAACGUGUCCCACUCCAUCUCGCUCUUCUACGGGUCCAACUCGUCCCAUUUCUACUUGACCCAAGGAAUCCCGAUCAUGACCAUGACGCAGCUGCCCUUCCUGCUCCAUGGGCUGUGGCUCGUCUUUAUCAGGAGCGACGCGCGAGGACGAGGAUUGGCCCCGUUGGGUAUCGUCGUGUCGACCACCGUCAUCCUCUUUUCCCUACUGGGUCACAAGGAAUGGAGAUUCCUACACCCUAUCCUUCCCAUCCUGCACCUCUUUGUUGCUUUUUCCCUCGUCACCUUGCACACCUCCCACCUCGGCCUCGCCAAGUCGACCACCGCCACAAAGCUGUCGACGGUCCUGCACGUCCAAACGAGUCAUCUCGCUUUGAUCUUGGCCUCGCUUAUCCCUGGGUUGUACUUCACCUGCUUCCAUUCGAUCGCCCAAGUCACAAUUCUCGAUCACCUGCGCUACCUACCCGCAUUCGAGGUCAGGUCGGUUGGGUUCUUGAUGCCGUGCCACUCGACACCCUGGCAGAGUCAUCUCCACCGCAGGGAUUUGGAAUUGGGUGGUUUGAGGAGUGGGGAAGGGGGUUUGCUGUGGUUCAUCACGUGUGAACCACCGAUCGGGUCAGUCGACUCCAUUCAUCAAGCUGAUUUGAUGAUAGGGUGUAUUGAUACAACAUGAUUAUUACACGAGGCAGGCUCGAUACGACCUCGACAGCCUACCGAGAUCAAUCCGACUAUUUCUACGCAUCCCCCUCAAACUAUCUCACUCAGCGAUUCCCUUCCAAAGUCGACCCGACCUUCCCUCCUGCCCCUUUCCAAACCAAAGACUGGCAGCAUACAUGGCCAUCGCAUCUCGUCUUUUUCGAGGCGUUGUUGGACCAGGACCCUGAAGUGGCGAAGAUUUUGAAAGGGGUAGGGUACGAGGAAGAGGAGAGGAGGUGGAACUCAUUGUGGCAUGAUGAUGAAAGAAGAAGAGGGGAUGUGGUGGUUUGGAAGUGGAGGAGGAGGACGAGAUCAGUCGAGGAGUAG